GUUAUACACCAAUUGAGUGUAUAGUCCAGUACAGUCUCGCUCCGGUAGCCGUGGGAGCUGGCACGCGGCUGUCCCAUAAUUACGCGACUCGUGCGCAUUGUAGUUAACACGCUCUGACAAAAUGUUAACAUUGACCUUUACUUUAUUAUUGCUUAUUGUCAGUGGAUACAUGCUAAAAUCAAUAGUUAAACCGAAGAAGUUUCCUCCAGGCCCCAGUUGGUACCCAUUCUUUGGUUGCAGCAAUGUGGUGCAAAAUAUGUCCAAGAAAUACGGUUCCCAGUGGAAGGGACUGUCAAUGUUAGCUAAAGAGUAUUCAACACAAGUUCUUGGAUUGAAAUUAGGAAGAGACUUAGUAAUAGUUGUUUAUGGAGACAGUAAUAUACGUCAUGUAUUUACUGAAACGGAGUUCGAAGGAAGACCUGAUAACUUCUUUUUAAGAUUACGAUGUCUAGGAAAAAGAGCAGGUAUAACGUUCACCGACGGACCGGUAUGGCGGGAACACAGACAGUUUACUGUGAAACACUUAAGGAAUGUCGGUUUUGGUAAAACUUUGAUGGAAAAAGAAAUACAAAACGAAAUGAACAGCAUAUUAGGAUACAUAGAGAGAAAUAAUAAUAAACCUAUAAAUCCAAAAAACGUACUGCCAUCGGCGGUUAUGAAUGUACUAUGGAAGUAUGUUGCCGGUGAAACAAUAAGGGAAGAUCGUUUGAAAACUAUGUUGGAUUUAUUUAAUGCGAGAUCUAAAGCGUUCUCCAUGGCCGGUAGCUGGCUAAUGUUGAUACCGUGGUGCCGGUUCUUUUUCCCCAAUCUUAGUGGUUAUUCCCUUAUCAACAAGUUGAAUCAACAAAUAUCUGAUAUUAUCGAGGAAGCAAUAAAGAAACAUAAAUGUAAUGCAGUGGAGGGUAAUGACUUCAUAUACUCAUUUCUAGAGGAGAUAAAUAAAAAUAAACAAACAUACACAGAGGAACAAUUGAAAACGAUUUGCCUCGACCUACUUAUUGCAGGCUCACAAACAACAAGUAAUGUACUAGAAUUCGCGUUACUUACUGUCCUAAGGAAUCAAGUGAUUCAACAGAAAAUAUAUGACGAGAUUAUACAUGUACUGGGAAAUAAAGAACCAUGCUGGACUGACAGUUCCAGGCUCACAUAUACAUCGGCAUUUUUGUUGGAGGUACAAAGAUAUUACACCAUAGUGCCUUUAGCGGGACCUAGGAGGGUCCUAGAUGACACCAUGAUAGAUGGUUAUUUGAUACCGAAGGAGACAACUGUGCUUAUAUCGGUUGGCGAUUUACACUUCGAUCCGGAAAUAUGGGAUAAUCCGCGAGCAUUUCAGCCGGAGAGAUUUAUCGACGAGAGGGGAAUCUUGAAAAAUUCAAAUCAUAUGUAUCCCUUCGGUUUAGGUCGAAGGCGGUGUCCUGGUGACUCAUUGGCAAAGUCGUUUAUUUUCAUUACGUUUGUGGGAAUAUUACAAAAAUAUAAGGUCGACUGCAGUAACGGGAUCCUGCCAACAGAUGAGCCUACAAUUGGUCUGAUAUCAGCACCUAAACCGUAUACAAUUGAUUUUGUAUUAAGGAAGUAAUAUUACUGCCUAGACACAAAAUUAGUAAAUUUAGAUAUUAUGUAGUGAAAUGUAAAGUAUUACAAUUGUAUUCUUAUUUGUUUAAAGUAUAAGGUGUAUAAUAAAUGUUUUAUUAUAGAA